AAGGUUAAAUCAAGGAGGUUAUGGUGGGAUGGGAUGGAGGUCAGAAAAGUCUAAUGAAUACUUAAUUCUGGCUGGUUAACCAACUGGAAGAUUAAAGUUGAGUGACUUUUCUUUUUUUUUUUUAGCUUCUGUUGAUUUUUACAACUGAGCUGCUUACAUUCCAUUAUUAUUUAUUUGGAUAUAAAACUAUAAAUUUGACUUGUUCAGCUAUUUUGACCAAUUUGGAUAACUUCCAGUAUGUUAUCGGGCAAGACUGGUACCAUAUGGCCUACUUUGAUGUGUAUACACCACAAACCCACGGCGGCACAAUCAAAGACGAUCAAAGAACUAUGUGUAAUCUAAUGAUAUAGAAGACUGUGGUACGUCCCGGAAAGUAUCUUGAAAAGAUAAAGUGGAAGUUGCACAGUCUCUGCAUCUGUGACAAACGUGCUGUGAGAUGUUCAGGUCCGCAGGCAGAUUUGUGUUUCAAGGUCUGCAGCAGAGGAAUGCAGGAAAUCGGUGGUGCAGAAAUGCCACGGCUGUUAAGAUGGCCAAGGGAAAUGUUCAGGAAGUGCUGAUUCCCGUUCCUUGGGGACACAUAGCAGGCAAGUGGUGGGGUGACCGCAGUGUGCAGCCAGUACUGGGGCUUCAUGGCUGGGAGGACAACUGCAACACAUUUGACACCUUGGUGCCACUACUGAAUGUCCCGAGCUUCUUAGCUGUUGACAUUAUGGGUCAUGGCCUGUCGUCACGCUUUCCUGCAGCUGGCCCACACAGUUUUAUGGAUGUUGUGAUGUUACUUAGACGCAUAUCUGAGUACUUCAAGUGGACCAAGAUAUCUAUCGUUGGUCAUUCGUUUGGGAGUGCAGUGGGCUACGUUUACUCUGCACUGUUUCCAGAUGCUGUGGAUGCGUACGUCAGUAUAGACUGCGCUCGCACGGAUAUGAUGCCACAGAAGGAGAAUCUGUUGGAUGAAAUCAGAUACACUAUUAAUAGAACGCUUGAGCUAGAGAAGAGACUGGCGCUGGACCCACCCAGCUACACUUACGAAGAACUGGUGGAGUUGCUGUAUGCAGGCCUCAAUAAGUCCCCAUCGAGGGACUCGUGUCGCAUCUUGCUUCAGAGGGGAAUGAAAGAGUCAUCUCAGGGACACAGAAGAUAUUACCUGGCUCGUGAUCCGAGGCUGAAGUCGCGCUGGAGUGGUGCACUGACAGAAGAGUUCCUUCUAGCUUGUGCACCCAUGAUAAAGUGCAGGGUGUUGAGCAUCAGAGCUACUGGGGGUAUACUGCAGGGUGGCAAGUGCAAGGAAGUAUACCUGCACACACUGGAUCUCAUACAGCAGUGUGAAUUGCAUGAUGUCGAGGGCAGUCACCACCUUCACCUGAAUAACCCUGAAAACAUUGCACCUCUCAUUAACAAGUUCUUGCACCCUCCAGUCAGAAGCUGUAACUUGUGAUGAGGUAAGGCCUAGGAACUUUGUCUGUAAAAUGAUGUAUUGCAGGCUGCUUUCAUAAAAUUUAUGUAGCACUUGCAACAAAAACCUCAGUGAGAAAAGCAGAAUCAGUACAUGAGUGUUGAAAACUGAAUAUUUUAUAUGGUUACACUAUUUCUUAAUGUCUAUACAAAUUAUACAGGAUGUCCAAAAAUAGUGCGCACAUUUAAAACAUUUUUGUUGAGGAAAUAAAGAGAGCUAGGAGAAUAAAGUUUUCACCACAUGAAACAGUUACUAAGAAAAUUUUGCCCCACAUUUCUCCAUUUCACUGCACUUUGACAUGAGCUGCCUCUGUUGCUCACACAGUGCCCAUCUUGUAUUCAGAUGCCUCAAAAGCGUUGCCAUACUUGAGGCAUGGUUCAUGUGUGCUCAGUAAAAGAGGUAUCAUAAUGUCACAUGCUACAGUGACUAUAGAUGGAGUUUGCAUUGGUACUCAGAUUUAUUGAAUUCUUUUAACAGACAAUUCUUGACUACGCUUCACAAAUCACUAUCACACAAAGACUAGUGUUCUCGGUCACAGAGUCGUCACUGAGCUGCCUGGUAACAUCUUCCAGCAGUUGGUGUUCCUUGGCUCCUGGGCUCACAUCCUCAGAGAGUGGUGUCCAUAUCACACCAGCCUCCUCCUCUUCUAAUUUCACUGUCUCGAGACUCUAGCUAGGCUAAUGGUAGCUGGGCCUUGUUAUAUAGCCUCAGCACAGACCCCACAGAAAUCACCUCUUCCAACAGUUAUUCUGUUGUUGUAUGAUAUAGCUGUUGACAUGGACCAUGUAAGAAACAGCGCUUCCAACAGUUACUCCAUUGAAGUGUGUUACAUGGUCACUGCCUAGUAGUGGCUGUUUCACUGGCUGCACAAUUCUGGCUUUCAACAGACAUGCCACAAUACGUAAAACUUUAUCAGUUCUGCUGUCACACGGUGAGAAUCAUACUUUUCUGGCUGUGUUUGUUUUCUCAAUAAAAAUGUGUGCACUCAUUCCUGGACAGUCUAUAGUAUGGUUUAAAGAAGGAUACUUUGAGUAUCAGUAAUAUUGAGGCCACAGAAAGAAGUCCCAUGGAUUAAACUCCCUCCACAUCUCACUCAAGUUCCUGUGCUUCUGCAUGUGCCCUGCAGCCAUCAGACCUUUCUGUUCACUUGAAUAAUGGUAGUGAUUAAAUUGUAUGUGAAGUAUCCUUGAAGUUGUGUUAUGUCCUCAUUAGGACAUUAUUAAAUUGUAUUUUCAUCAUAAGAUGCUGACCAGAAUUGCCAUACCAGAGAUACUCAACAUGCAGCAGGACUUUUAUUGUCUAAGGCUGUGUAAGCCAGGGGGUGCUGGAGGGGAAGCCUUGAGUCAGUAUAGAUCAGAUGUAUCUGCCUCUGUCUCAGGGCGCACUAAGUGUUUAUGUGGAAUUUUGUGAUUUGUGUGAGAACUUCUCAUCUGUGAAUAUGUUAACACAGGUUUUUUUUUUCACUUAUUUACUGUUGUUACAUUUAAGGGUGUUGGUGAUAGUUUGUGUUGUUUAACAGCACUAUAUCAACUGCAAUAUUAAUUUGAUGAGGGAUUGAUAGUAGCAGUCCAGAUGUUUGUGUGGAGCGACUGAGGAAUCCUGCAGUCAGAAGGUAGUGCCAGGCUAUGUUACCCAUUCAGCUAAUCUGUUCUUUAAUACGUAUGACAUUUUCUGUAAGGCAGCUUUUCUCAGUUGUUACUGAGCAUUAUCGGAGAUUUUUGCAGUCUUAGACCAAGAAGUGGAGUCGGUAUAGCAACAGGCUAUGGGGCUGGAUAGCCUGGGUUCGAUUCCUGGCAGAACAAAAUUUGUCC